CUCUCCUCGGGGGCCUGCUUGGGGUGGUGGGGCCCCCGGGGCGCCGCUCUUCAGCUGCGGCAAACACUGCGGAGGCCGAAGAGCACGAAUCCAUUCACUCGAGAACAGGAGCAGGAGUGGCGGCGGAGGAACCGCACCGUCCUCACGUAUGUGGCCGCGGCAGCCAUGGAGUCUUACGCUGCGGUUCCCCUCUACCGCCUGUACUGCCAGACUACAGAACUUGGUGGAUCACCUGUAGCAGGUCAUGCUUCAGACCAGAUUGAGACUAUGGUACCUGUUAAAGACCGAAUCAUUAAAGUCACCUUCAAUGCAGAUGUGCAUGCAAGUCUACACUGGAAUUUUAAGCCUCAACAAACAGACAUAUAUGUAGUACCAGGAGAGACUGCACUGGCAUUUUACAAAGCUAAGAAUCCUACUGACAAAUCAAUAAUUGGAAUUUCUACAUAUAAUGUUGUGCCAUUUGAAGCUGGACAGUAUUUUAAUAAAAUACAGUGCUUCUGUUUUGAAGAACAAAGGCUUAAUCCUCAAGAGGAAGUAGACAUGCCAGUAUUUUUCUUCAUUGAUCCUGAAUUUGCUGAAGAUCCCAAAAUGGCAAAAGUUGAUGUGAUCACUCUCUCUUACACAUUUUUUGAAGCAAAAGAAGGACAUAAAUUACCAGUCCCAGGUUAUAACUGA